AUCUUCAACUCUAUAAAUUCCUGCACAAUUACGACAAUGGCUAUCAGCUUUACAGCAAAAGUUUUCUCAAGAAUUUCAUUGUGGCAGAUAUCCAGCAAAUAUGUCAAUCUUGAAUUAUUCCAUCCGUCCAGUUAAUUUAGUUUCUGUGUGCUUGGCCAUCCUUCACUUACUCUUAAGUUCUGGAAUUAAUGCUGCUAAUGAUCAAAUGCAUGCAGCAUCAAGUACUGGAAGUGAAGGGAAAGCUCUUUUAACAUGGAAAGCCAGUCUUGAUAAUUAUAACCAAUCUAAGUUGUCAUCCUGGUCAUCUUCUGCAAAUCCUUGCAGGGCAUGGGAUGGAGUUCGAUGCAACAAAGCUGGACGAGUAUCGGUGAUUAACAUCACUAGUUCUGGCAUCGAAGGUACACUAGAUCAUCUCAAUUUCUUGUCUCUACCCCAUCUAACUACAAUUGAUCUUUCUCAAAAUGCACUCCGUGGGACCAUACCAUCCAACAUUGGGAACCUUUCCAGACUAACCUAUCUUGACUUCUGGUCAAAUCAAUUGUCUGGUGCUAUUCCUAUUGAAAUCAGCCAACUUACCAAUCUUAGGUUCUUGUACCUUUCCGAUAACUCAUUCAAUGGAUCAAUCCCUACUUCUAUUGGCAAUCUGACCAACCUGGCCGAGCUAGAUCUAGGAACCAACAAACUUUCAGGAUCCAUUCCAGAAGAGAUUGGGAAGCUGAAAUCUCUGACGAAGCUCUCUUUAGCUAACAGUACGCUAACAGGUAGGAUUCCUCUGUCUAUUGGAAACUUAAGUGGCUUGACUCUGCUGUAUCUUUUCCAAAAUUAUCUUUCUGGGCCUAUUCCCAAAGAAAUUGGGAACUUGACAAAACUAAAGGAAUUAGAUCUUUUUGGGAACCAGCUAUCAGGACCCAUUCUAGAAGAGAUUGGGAAACUUAGAUCUCUUACUAUACUUACUUUAGCUAGCAACACGCUCACAGGUCCGAUUCCUCUUUCUUUUGGAAACUUAAGUGGCUUGACUCUACUGCAUCUAUUCCAAAAUAAUCUUUCUGGGCCUAUUCCCAAAGAAACUGGAAACUUGACAAAGCUAAAUGAUUUAGAUCUUUCUUGGAACCAGCUAUCAGGUCCCAUUCCAGAAGAGAUUGGGGAGCUCAGAUCUCUUACUAAACUCUCUCUAGCCAACAACCCCCUCACAGGUCCGAUUCCUCUUUCUAUUGGAAACUUAAGUGACUUGACUCUGCUGUAUCUUUUCCAAAAUUAUCUUUCCGGACAGAUUCCUUCUGCCAUAGGAAAUUUAACCAAUCUCAUUGACUUGCGACUUUCUCAAAACAACUUAUAUGGGGCUAUCCCUCCCGAAUUGGGAACAUUGAAGCUACUAGCUUAUAUUGAUAUUUUCCAAAACCAGCUAAGUGGUGCUCUGCCCGAUGGAUUCAACAAUCUUACACAUUUAAAUGAGCUAGGGGUGUCUCAAAAUAAUUUUUCCGGCCAUUUACCCGAAAAUAUUUGCAUUGGUAGCUCACUGACGUGGUUCACAGUAUUUGAAAAUAACUUUGUCGGUGCUAUACCAAGGAGCUUGAAAAACUGUUCUAGUUUACGAGUUAUCAAUGUCGCUGACAACCAACUGUCAGGAAAUGUCUCUGAAGAAUUUGGCAUCUAUCCAUAUGCAGAUUAUAUUAAUUUAAGAAAUAAUAUGUUUUUUGGUCAGUUGUCUUGGAAUUGGAGUGGCUAUCUGACUUUGACAGAGUUGAGGAUCUCCAACAAUAAUCUUUCGGGCAGAAUACCAGCUGGGCUUGGAGAGGUACCUCGUCUGCAAAAACUUCAUCUCUCUUCAAAUCACUUGCAUGGAAAGAUCCCUAGAAGUUUGGGGAAGUUGACUUUGUUGCUUGAGCUUAAGCUGGAUAGCAACGACCUUUCAGGCAAUAUACCAUCAGAAAUUGGUCAGAUGUCUAGACUUUUAAAUCUUAGUUUGUCGGCCAAUAAUCUUAGUGGCUCAAUUCCAGAACAAAUAGGCAAUUGCACACAGUUGCUGGAUUUAAACUUGAGCCAAAAUGCACUCAUCGAUAGUAUUCCUUCUCAAAUCGGAAAUCUUCCCUCACUUGCAACUCUGGAUCUCAGCCAAAACAUGCUGGACUCCAAAUUGCCACCAGAGCUAGGUGAGAUGAAAAGCAUUGAGACGAUGAAUCUUUCGUAUAAUAGGAUAUCAGGUUUCAUCCCAAAAAGCUUUGAUCAUUGCUUCAGUUUGAUUUCCGUUGAUAUAUCCUACAAUCAAUUGGAAGGUCCUCUUCCUAACAUUAGUGCAUUUCAAAAUGCUCCAUUCGAUUCCCUGAGAAACAAUAAAGGUUUAUGUGGCAAUGUUGCUGGAUUGAAACCAUGCUCUCAAUCAACUCAAAAGAACACUAGUAGAACGACAACCAAAAGAAUGAUCUUUCUAGUUGUUGCUCCAAUACUAGCAGCAACCAUAUUUCUUUUGGUCGUGGUUGUGGGCAUCUUCAUUCGUGCAAGGUCACAUAUGAGAAGCUUGGAGAAUAAGCCUCAGGAAUUCACUAGAAAUAUGUUCUCUGUCUGGAGUUUUGAUGGGAAAAUGGUCUAUGAGAACAUCAUUGAUGCAAUAGAAAAUUUUGACCCCAAGUAUUGCAUCGGAGUGAGAGGAUUUGGAAGUGUCUUUAAAGCAGAGUUGCCAAGUGGUCAAGUGGUUGCUGUCAAGAAACUUCAUGAAACGGAUGGUAGUGCCUUGAGGAGGCCAAAAGAUUUCACCAAUGAGAUCCGUGCGUUAACAAAUACAAGGCAUCGCAACAUCGUGAAGCUGUACGGAUUCUGUUCACAUGCACAACACACUUUCUUGGUUUAUGAAUUCUUGGUAGGGGGAAGCUUGCUGCACUUGUUGAGCAAUGAUGAAAAAGCGGCCAUGUUCGACUGGAUCAAGAGGGUAAACAUUGUUAAAGAUGUGGCAAAUGCAUUAUCUUAUAUGCAUCAGAAUUGUUCACCUUCCAUUAUUCAUCGAGAUAUAUCUAGCAAAAAUAUUCUGUUAGACUCUGAGCAUCAAGCCCAUAUUUCUGACUUUGGAACUGCAAGAAUCUUGAGGCCUGAUUCAUCUCAUUGGACAUCAUUUGCUGGAACAUAUGGAUAUGCUGCUCCAGAACUUGCUUAUACCAUGGAAGUAAAUGAAAAAUGUGAUGUUUAUAGUUUCGGAGUAUUAGCUUUAGAAGUGAUUAUGGGCAAGCAUCCAGGUGAUUUCAUAUUAUCAACAUUGUCGGCAUCAUCAUCUACUUCAACAGUAUAUGAUAUACUGUUGAAAGAUAUUGUGGAUCCUCGACUUUUAUCUCCGAGUAAGCAAGAGUCAAAACAAGUGACCUUGGUGGCAAAGCUGGCCUUGUCAUGUAUAGAACCCAAUCCUCAAUUGAGGCCGACAAUGAAGCAUGUGUGUGUCCUGCUGUCGAAAGAAAUACCUUCUCAAGUCAACGUAUUCCCAAUGGUUACAAUUGGACAACUUCUGGACCUUGAAAUAACAAAUGUUUGAGCUUCUCUGUGCUUUGGCAGUGGAGCACAAAAGAAAGCAUCGGGGUACUUCGCCCGUGAUAGAGAAGUUUAGAAGAGUUUUGUGCAUCAGGAAAGGCAUAAUGCUGGAGCUAUGAUAUAGCUAAUGCUUGUAUAGAAAAUUUUAUUUGGAUGUAUGAUCAAUAAAACCAAAUUAUCUUCUAGUUAAGGAAA